CUCUAACCUAACCUAAAAAAAUUUUUGCCGCACCGUCGCCGUUGUCGUGUAUGAUAUUCGUUCUGUUCAGUUCGCUUGUCUUUUCUAAUCUAAAGCAUAAGCAAGCACACAAAAUUUGUGUAUAGCAAAGGUCUUUAUCGAGACGCUUCCUUUAUGGAAUUUUCCUGGGAAAAAAGGAGAAAAUGAAUGAAGUCGAGGAGUUGCAGGGCCUCGAAAGUGCCUGUCGACUUUGUUUAACAACCGAUGAAACGAGAUCUUCCAUAUUCGGUGCAGCCUACAAUGUAGAUCCGUUGAUUGUGAAAAUAAAAAAUUGCCUGUCCCUUCAAAUUUCUCAGAAGGACAAAUUGUCGACAUUAAUUUGCAUUACUUGCGUUAAUAAAGUGAAUCAAUGGCAUCAAUACAAGAAGGAAUGUCUUCAGUCUCAGGACAAGUUAUCAGAAUGGCUCGCAAAACAAUCGGAACCACUUCCGAUUAUUACCGUAAAGAAAGAAGUAGAAGAAGAAGAAGAAGAUUCCGCAGAAAAUACAGAAGUUGAAAAGAUUCAAGAGAAAAUUGCCGAAAACGAAUUAACAAACUCGGAGGAAAUCGCACCCGAAAUAAAUGAAAAUACGGGGAAAAAUUCCGAAACGAAAAAUGACGAAGUCGAAAAAAAUAUCGAAGAAGAAAAUUCAAUAAAUGAAAAUCCCGAAGCAAAUUUGCAAAAUGCGGAGAAAAAUUCCGAAAAUUCAGAAAAUGGUGAGAAAAUAACGGAAAAUAUAGAAAAAACAACGGCGAAUGUGGAGAAAAAUUCCGAGAAUGCAGAGAAAUUGGUACAAAAUUCGGAAAAUUGGGAGAAAAAUGUGCAAAGUGGAGAAAAUACGGAGAAAACGGGAGAAAAUAACGAAAAGAAUGAAAAAAUGGAGAAUUUGAAAAAAUCGAGUGAAAACGAGAAUGAAAUGGAAACUGAAACUGAAACGGAGAAACGAGAGACAAAUAAACGACGACUAUCGACUGAUUUAGAGAAUGAUUCGGCGAAACGUUUUAAUCCACUGCCGAUAAAGACGGAACCAAUCGACGAGACGGAAAUCCCACUUGCCGACGAUGUCAAAAUUCCCCUCGAGGUGCAGCAAAAAGUUCUCAACAAAGGCAAAAAGAAAAUACGUCGCGGACCGCAUACACACUUCCGUGGUGCUAGAAUUUUCAAACGCAAAUGCCUUCACUGUCAGAUUAAUUUGCACUCCAAGACUUCUUACGCGAAGCAUAUGGCGCGUUUUCAUUCUAAAGCGCAUCAAAAAACGGGAGGAAUUGCAGAAAUUGGACAAGGAACGGGAAUUGGACAAGGAACAGGAAUUGGAAUGGGAAUUGGAAGAGGAAAAGGAAUCGGAACGAGAAGUAGAACAGACUCAGAGAUCGAGGAGACUGAGGAGCUGAUCGAGGACGUCGAGGAGGAGCUGGAGAAUCUCGAGGAGGACGCGCCGUUAACGCCAGUGCAGCAGAACAUCAUCAGUCAAUUGAAGACCUACACCUGCUACUCCUGCGAGCAAUCAUUCCAAGAUCGUCGCAGUACUUUGAACCACAUUCGCCAGCACAUGCCGGACCUGCGAACCUUCACCUGCGUCGCCUGCCUCACGGAAUUCGGAGACCAAGGAACCUACAAGGAACACUGCGAGGAGAGCUUCGAGUGCGCGAUGAAAAUCGCCCUAGUGAUUCCCAUUCAAGGUACCGAGAAGUACUUCACCUGUAAUAUGUGCCUCCAACCGAUGGCCAACCGGAAGGAACUCCUCAGUCACCUGGCCAAACACUCCGACAAACAAUACGAAGAACUAAUGGCCCCACCGCCCAAGCUGACCCCAAUCGUCACCGUGAAUUCCGCCUCCUUGCCCUACGGAAUGGGCGACCCGGCCUACAACCACGAGUGCGAUCUCUGCGGAAUGAUCUAUCGCUACAAACCAAAUAUGAUUAAACACCGGGAACUUUGCGCCAGUCUCCAACCCGAGGGUCGAACCUCCUACAAGUGUAUCGACUGCGGCAUGACCUUCCUAGUGUUCAACAAGUUCCACAAUCACGUCAUCACCGAGCACAAGAAAAAGGAGCUCAAGUGUCCCAAGUGCGCCGCGAAGUUCCGCUCCCCCAGUGACUACCUAACGCAUCACGAAUUCCACCGGAAGAAGAAUAACCUCAAGGAUCCGCAAAUAUGGAAAAUCGAGGGCGACGACAAAAAGGUCGCUUGUUCCUUGUGUAACCUUCUUGUCCCCAGGGCGGACCUACCCGAACACAGGAAUUUACACCUAAAGGUCAAAAUCUACUCCUGCGUUAUCUGCCGAUCAAUGUUCAGUAGCCCCGGCGCUUUGGAGAUCCAUAUGAAGGACCAUGGAAUCGACGACCCCGGGGAACGAACCGCGAACACCAAGUGUAUGGAAUACGGUCACGAGGAGACCCAAAGUCCAGUUGUGAAAAACACCGAGUGCGCGGAGUGCGGGAAGAACUUCUCCAACGUCGCGAACCUCAAGCGCCACAUCCGUAACGCCCACGGCGAAGAAAGAAGAAUCGACUGUCCGGAGUGUAACCGUAACUUCAAGAACAAGGAGUCUUUCGACGAGCAUCAACGACUAGCGCACAACACCGAAAAAACAGUCCUCAACUGCCCCGAGUGUCCAAAAACUUUUGUAUUCCAAGCGAACUUGGAUCUACACAUCAAGAACGUGCACAUACCAAAGGAAACCUCUUCACACGAGUGCGAAAUCUGUGGCAAGUGUUUCGCGGAGGAAUCUUCGUUGAAAAUCCACCGCGGAUGGCACAAUAGAGCAAACUCUAGGUUCAGUUUAGAAGGAAGUUUGGCCGGUUCUUCAAAACCGGCUAAAGCGAGAAAGAGCUUUCCCACCUCGCAAGUGAUACAACUACAAUGCCAAGUGUGUGACGACAAAUUCCACGACGUUGGGGACUUGAGAAAACACGUCUGGGACGUUCACUGUGCGCGAACCGCGAAACAAGAGAUCUGCUCCAUCUGCUCUAAGACCUUCCCCGACCAGGAGACUCUGACGAUCCAUAUGGAGCUACACGAAGCUAAAGACGACGACGACGACGAGGAAAACCAAUUCCGCUGCGACAUCUGCGACAAGUAUUACAGUUCGCGAAAAAUCUUAUGGCGCCAUAAGAAGCUGCAUAAAGUCUCCCAAGUACCCUCCUACCAACGCUUUCAGUCCCUAGCAACCCGAAAAACCUUCUGCAACGGGUGUAAUCGUACAUUCUCCACCGAAAACCUCCUCAAGCGGCAUAAGCUAACUUCCAGUGAUUGUCAAUUCGGUCGAGUGGUGAUAGAAGGAAAAAAACCCGUCACAUGCCACAUUUGUAAGAACCUAUUUCCAAGUAUGAGCAUCCUCUACCAGCACAAGCAGCUAAUGCACAAGUUCCCAUCGCGUGAGCGGAAUAACGAGUGCUUGCCAAUAACGAGUGAAGAAGGGGUCAAGUGCAACAUUUGCGGUAAACUAUUCUCCGGUGUUUCGAAUCUAAAGCAACAUUUCGCGAUGAAGCACAAGAGUGUGACGACUCAUCCUUGUAAUGUCGGGAAUUGUAAGAUGAUCUUCUCGACGCCGCACGCACUAAAGAGUCAUGAGUUACAGCAUUCGAAUAUGAUCUUCAGUUGUGGAAUGUGUGAGAAGCAUUUCUUUCAUCGGGGGAUUAUGGAGAAGCAUAUUUACAAUGCGCAUCGAGCCGCUUAUGAGUCGAUUGUAGGCGAUGAUAAGGGUUCGCUGUUCAAGGAAACGGACCUCACGUCGUACACUGUGAAGGGAGCGACUGGAACUGUGUGCCCACGGUGUAAGAUCAAGUAUCCGAAUAUCAAGGCUAUGAAGAUUCAUUACUUUAAGUUUCAUGAGACGAUGGGGUAGAGAGGAUGAAUCGUCGAAAUGUUCACCAUCAUCGAACUGUUCAGAAUCGAACUGUUCAUCAUUGAACUGUUCACCAUCAUCGAACUGUACACCAUCAUUGAACUGUUCAACACCAUUGAACCGCUAAGAAGAAGAGGAAGAAAUCAGGAAGAAAGGACCAACAGCAGGAAUUCAGGAUAGGUUUGUAACUUCGGAUGUUGGUGUUGAUGGACGAACAGAUUUCACCAUGACUAAAGCGUGGUUCGCCUCGAGUUAGCCAUGUCGUCAAAACUUGUCGCCCAUUGUCACCAACCUCCAACUUUGACUAUCCACCUUGGCUAGGUUGUUAGCCAAGGUCUAACUUUCCGUCUACUGUUAACCGGAGUUAACGAUCGCCGAACCCUUCACCCAGAAUUGACCUCGAACCGUUCCUGUUCGGACUUUGUAAUAAUUGAGACCCUGGAACCGAAUAAAUUCGCCUGACGUUAGGAUGCCACAUCGCUUCUUGAUUCGCUCAUGGCAAUUAGUGAGCACUGAGCGCCUCCGGGCCCACUCACUGCUACCUAACUGUUAUUAGCGCGUUGCAUCAGCGUCGGGGGAUUUUAUUCGAUCCAGGACCUAAAUUGAUAACAUUCUGUUGGAUCUUCCUAACAACCCGAGGUUUACCCUGGACGAGUGCCGAAAACAGCCUAAGCGAACCCAGAGGCUUUCGGCAGUCGCUCAGAGUGAACCUCGAGUUGACCACGUUCUAACCAUUCAUCCACAGGUAACAUCGAGGUUAACCCUGAGCGAACGGUUGAUAACAAAGAAUGAAAUAAUUGAGGUCCUGGAACCGAAUAAAUUCGCCUGACGUUAGGCUGCCACAUCGCUUCUAGAUUCGCUCAUGGCAAUUAGUGAGAAGUGAGCGCUUUCGGGCCCACUCACUGCUACCUAACUGUUAUUAGCGCGUGUAUCAGCGUCGGGGGAUUUUAUUCGAUCCAGGACCUAAAUUGAUAAUAUUCUGUUGGAUCUUCCUAACAACCCGAGGUUUACGCUGAACGAGUGCCGAAAACAGCCUAAGCGAACCCAGAGGCUUUCGGCAGUCACCCAGAGUGAACCUUGAGUUGGCCACGUUCUAACCAUUCACCCAGAGUUUGGUUCGAGUUAACUAGGUGCAAACGUGUUUGGAUCGAGUUAACUAGGUCCAAACGUUUUUGUCGGAUCUGGAGAAUCAAAACCCGAGGUUAGUUCUGGGUGACCGCCGAAUACAGCCUUGGCUAAGGUAAAAACUUUCGGUAGUCACCCAGAGUUAACGUCGAGUUGACCACGGUCUAAUUCACCCAGAGUUAACCUCAAUUUAAUCAUGGACUAAGGGGCCGUUCAUAAACUAAGUAGACCCAUUUUUUUAAAAAAAUUUGACCCCCCCCUCCCCUACAUAGAUGCUGUUACAUGUAUUAGCGACAUUUUUUUCUCUUAUCGUAGUCAAUAGCUUGACCCCCCUCCUCCCCUUGAAAUACUACAUUGUUUAUGGACGACCCCUAAUUAAUAAAAUUUUGUUAGAUCUAGCGAAUCAGAACCCAGAGUUAACCUCGAGUUUUAAUUCGAGGUUAUCUCUGGGUAAAUAAUUAAAGUGUUAACUUAAAGUUAAACCUCUGGUUGAAUGAUUAGAGUGUUACCUCAAGGUCAACCCUGGGCGAAUCGUUGAUUAAAAAUGCGUCUUCAAAAGCAACCUAUAAAUUUUUGUCCUAGUCCCCCAAGCGGAAUAGAUUCUCAAAGAGGAGAAGCUUGGGGGCUCUAGCGCCCUUUCUUCGCGACGCAUAAUACAAGUAGAUAGACUCUUAGCACUUCUUAGUAAAUCGUGAAAAUGGAUUUAGAAAAAACAUCCGAUUAUCGAAAAAGUGACUUUUUUUUAACGCUCUUGACUAAAGGCCAUAAUGCGCAGGAGAUUUGGGACAAUGGGUGAGAGAAGGACGGAGAUAUAUCACUAUCCUUCUCCCACUCAUUGUUACGGAUCGCUUUUCCGAAAAAAAGGCUAACGCAAUAGAUUCGUAAUCGGAAUCGAAAAUAUGAGAGAAAGAGAAGGACAAGUGUAUAUUAGUUUCCUUCUCUCACUAGCACUUUUAUGUUGAGACUACAAUAAAAACUUUUAGGUUAAGUUGACGAGAUUUUGUCGAGAUAGAAUCUUGUUUCGAUCAAUGCGUUAGUGUAGACUUAACCUAAAAAACCUUUAUUGUGAACUCAACCUUACAAGUUAGUAAAUGGUUUAAAAAAAAUGAUUAACUGAAUCGCGACUAGGUUUCUGAUUACGAAACUAUUUUGCAUAGACCUUUAAUGGUCCAUUUUCGGUUGUUGAAAAUUUUUUCGAUAUUUUUACUAUAAUUAAUUAAUAAACUAAUGAAUUGAAUAAAUAAUUAUUUUCAAUAAAAAAUAAAUAUUUUCAAUAAAUAGUUAAUUAUUUUAAAACAAUAAAUGCCAUUCUGCAUUAUUCAUGUUUAUUAACUUGUAAGGUUGAGUCUACAAUAAAGUUAUUAUAAGGCCAAGUCUACAAUUUUCCAAAAGCGCACCAAGUUAACCUAAAAAUGUCUUCAGUGUAGAUUUUACUUAAUCCAAUUUAAUUUAUUUAAUUAAUUAGUUUAUUAAUUUAAUAGUAAAAGAGAAAUUGUCCAAUAACUACAAAAUUAGUGCGCUAUUUGUUCGUGUUAAUCGUGUUAAUAUUGAAAAAGAAAAUUAUUAUAGAAAGUCCCUAAAGAGAGAGAAUAACAAACAUAACCUCUCAUUGACGUGUUUUUUUCGACAAAAAAAAAAGCGAAAAGAUAUAAGAAAUGUAGAAAAAACAGUAGUUUGUAUUCGCGAACAAAUUUGUGACGCAAAAAAAGCUAAGGAAAACAUUAACCUUAAAUUUUUAUUUUCUCUUAUCGAGCCGCAAGGAUAUUCUUCUUUAUCAAAUUAUAUACGAGAAAAUUUUAACGACGAAUUGCAAUUUAUUGAAAUCAUACCCUACUAUAUAUCUAAUUUCUUACCUAUUAGAUUUAUUUUUUUAAUUUUUUUUACGUUUUAAUUAUAUAUA